AUGCAAAGUGUCCACAAGAAUGCGGGCAGUCCAUUCUACCCCGAUCCAAGUUUCCUGAGAACGCAAGAAAACGACGAGGCAUGGAGGAAGUCCACCGAAGGAGGUCCGUCCUCCUCAUCUUCUUCCCCAAAAGGUUCAGGGCCACGGACAGAAGGUAGAUUUAUAUUAAUUUGUUCGUUUUGUUUGUUUAGGUCGCUUCUUUUGGCUUAUUGUCGAAAGUUGUGGAAAGGUCACAUCCCUGGGGGUAUUCUAGACGGGUGUCGACUUUUUCCAGAACUUUCGGAAUGUGAUUGUCCGUUUUUGAUCGAGGUUCAUUUUGUCGUAUUACGAAACUUUCUUCUAUACGUUGGCUAACUCAAAUUUUAACUGCGGAAAGUAAAUUCAAAAAGCAUUAAAAAAUUCCACGGGAACCUCGGUUUAAACUUUGUGUCAAGAUUUUUAUUUUGUUGUCCUGUUUGGCGCCAACUUUUUUCCCUACUAACUGUUCUUUCCCAUCUAGUAGCAACCGCAUCCCUUGAAGGAGUCCCGUUGGACAAAAUAAAUCCGCUAGCCGCCCAUCAGCCACAGGCCCCACUGAUCCAGGGAUCGGUGUCCAAAGAAGCAGCCGUCAAGACCCAUGUUAAUUUAAGUGGCCUGAGUAAGGAGAAAGAAUGCCAGAUACGAGAACUCUACGACAGAUUGGACAUGGAUAAUGAUGGAACGAUCAAUAUUAGAGAUCUGUCGCUAGCUUUGCAGAAGGAGGUACCACAUAUUCCGAGCAAUUUAGCACCGGUAAGACUGAAGUGUGAAGAAUUGUAUAAAGGUGGAUGUUACACAGGGUGCGGCAAUUGUAUACAAAUUUUAGUUUUCCGCCAAAUGUUAAGAUUUUUUUCUGAAUCCUGAGAGUCUGCAUUUUUGUUUGAUACCACAUAUGUUAUAAAAACCCAGAAAUUCCAUCAUUUGCAUGGUGAAUGUCAGAAAUAUUUUUUUUUCACUGCUUUUAUUGGGUACAAAAGGGUCCGCGGAAAAAAGAGCCUUGCGUAGAAUAGGGUGCAAUCAAAAAAUUGCUUCUAAAGGAUUAAAAGCUUUUUUAGGCAUAAUUUUUGCGAUAAACCAAUUUAAAUUGGGCUACAAAGUUUCCGCACCGGUAUAUUGUGAAUUUCUUUGCAGAAGAUUCUCCGAACGAUAUCAAAAGAGGAUAAAGAUUGGAUCAACUACUCUGAGUUUACUCAGUAUGUUGUUGAGCAUGAAAGGCGUCUGGAAAAGGUCUUCGAAGAAUUGGAUCGAAAUAAAGACGGUAAGAAAACUUCUGGGAAGUUUAAUCAAAGUUAGACUUCACUGUCACCAUAGUGUUCUAAUUGUUCUGCCGGGCUGUUAUUACACUCAUAAAGCAGUCUCUGGUUCACGUGAAGAUUCAUUUGAUUGUGUUUUGAUAGAGAUUGCGGAGAAGAGAGAGGCGGUCAGAAAAAGAAAAUACCCGAUAAAAGAAGGGGAAAGUACGACAUGAGGUCUGCUCAGUGACGUAUAGGGAAGAGAGCACGGCGAAUAAUAGAUCACAACAAAUCACUGAAGAGAUUCGAAUUGAUUCGACAUCUGCAAUUAAUAUCUGUACUAUCCUUGAUUGUUUCAGGUUUCAUUGAUGAGAAGGAGAUCAAAAACUAUUGCCAUGAUUAUGGUAUGCCACUUAGUGAUGCAAAAGCCACACAUAUCGUCAAUCAGAUGGAUCAAACGGGAUCAAGUUCGAUAGAUAUCAACGAAUUCAAGGAUUACAUGUUGCUCUACCCAUCAACUGAUCCUUUGGAGAUUGCCAAAUUCUGGAGGCAUAAUCUGGUAGGAUGUUUUUACUUUGAUUUGAGUUAUUUUGUUGACCACAAAAUAUGAAAAAUUAAAGUUUUCACGUUUUUGUAAUUUUUUGUAAUCGGCCGUUCUUCGGUCAGUCGCUAUGAAAAAUGGUCCAUAGUAACAACAAGGUCAGAAGAAAUGGUUAUAAAGAGACAUUCUUGAAGGUGAUCGACAUUGGAGAAGACAGCCAAAUCCCCGAGGAUUUCUCUCCAUUGGAACUCGAGACUGGUGUUUGGUGGAGACAUUUGGUUGCUGGGGGAGUCGCUGGAUGUAUGAGCAGGACGUGCACAGCACCGUUGGAUCGACUCAAAGUCUUCCUUCAGGUAAAUUGCAUUAUAAAUAAUUUUUUCUCUAUUAAUUUGUUUAUUGAUAUUGUUUUAGGUACAUUCGAGUAAAAAGAACCCGUAUGGAGUGGUGGGUGCAAUAAAAUACUUACACGGUGAAGGUGGUGUCAAAUCCUUUUGGAGAGGCAAUGGAAUCAACGUCGUGAAGAUCGCUCCAGAGUCAGCUUUUAAGUUUAUGGCCUACGAACAGAUCAAAAGAUUGAUCCAAAGGUGGAAAGGAAGCGAAGAGUUGUCGAUACAGGAGCGAUUCUUGGCCGGAUCUUCAGCUGGAGCAAUCGCCCAGUCGAUAAUUUAUCCAUUGGAAGUGUUGAAGACUCGACUUGCCCUUCGGAAAAGUGGUCAAUUGGAUAAAGGCCUCAUUUCAUUCGCCAAACACAUGUACAAAACAGAAGGAUUAAUAUGUUUUUAUAAGGUAAGGAGGUAUACAAUGUGAUAUGUUGAGUUUCAGGGUUACAUUCCCAAUCUAUUAGGUAUCAUUCCGUAUGCGGGUAUUGAUCUGGCCAUCUACGAGACACUGAAAGGACAUUAUCUAAAACAUAAUCAGGUCAGCGAGCCGGGAGUUCUGGCGUUACUGGCAUGUGGAACUUGUAGUAGUACGUGUGGGCAAUUGGCCAGUUAUCCGUUGGCUCUGAUCAGGACGAGACUGCAAGCAAGGAGUGAGUUUUUUAAAUCGUAUUAAUCUUCAUUUUUUCUAUGAUAAUUUUUAUUUGCAGCGUUAUCCAACGACAAAAACCAGCCAGAUACGAUGAUGGGUCAAGUGAGGUACAUCAUGAAGAACGAGGGCCCUGCGGGCUUGUAUAGAGGCAUUACCCCCAACUUCAUGAAAGUAAUCCCAGCCGUCAGCAUCUCUUACGUCGUCUACGAGACUGUCCGAAAACAAUUAGGCGCCAAAAUGUCAUAG